AUGGGAAAUGAGGAAAGUAGGAUCAAUGAAGGGUUAGACAACCUUGGUGUUAACGUCCAGUCCCAAAGUUCAUUAGAGAAACAGAUUGAAAAUGAUGUUCAAAACUAUACGAUCCAACAACAGAUAGAGCAAGAAGAGAAGCGUCUUGAGAGAGCCAAAAAUGCACUUAACAAGUGCUUAAAGAAAAAGAAAUUACUUGAACGAAGACUUAAGCUAACUACUAGAAUAUCUGUCAAAGCCAAACUUCGAGAAGAAAUUGCUUAUCUUGAAGAGAAUGAGGAGUAUACACUAAGACAAGACAUACAAGAUGUCAAACAACGGCUAAAAUCCAAUCUCAAUUCUCUUAAUAGUGAUAGUCAAAAGACAGAAACUGAUCGACGACCUGAUGAAUCAGAGAAAGAUUAUUUAGUUAGGAUAGGUAAGAUAACUGCUUUUGGCUCUUCCAAUAAGUUUAUUAUUGAUAAUGAGGACUACGCCAAUGAUUCCUAUCCAGCUACAAAAAUCAAAAAGGAGGAAGAUCUUGAAGCUUUGGCAGCUGUUCAAAUGACGGAGAAUCUUGACGAUGAAGAGCAUAUCUCAAAUAGCUUUGAUAAUAAUGAUAAUUUUGAUGACACGUAUGUUGAUGAUGAUGAAUAUGUUAAUACUGAUGAUACUAGUAAGGAUGAUGAGAUCUCAGUCCCUGAUACCAGAUUCGCUCACGGACAAACGCUGGAUGAUGGAGACGAACUGAUAUAUCAAAAAAGACUACGUAAAUGGAUUAAACAUAGAUCAUCCAAAAGGACACUUGACAAACACGAACAUCUUCCAGAAUGGCAAAAACCACAUCCCGAAAUCCCUGAUGCAAAGCUUAACAAUGAGUUCAAGAUUCCUGGUGAAAUAUUCUCUCUCCUUUUCAAUUACCAAAAAACAGGUGUACAGUGGCUUUAUGAGCUUUUUCAACAGAGAAGGGGUGGUAUAAUUGGUGAUGAAAUGGGGCUAGGAAAAACUAUUCAAGUAACAGCAUUCUUAGCAGCAUUACAUCAUUCUAAUCUCCUUUCGGGACCUGUUUUGAUUGUUUGCCCGGCAACUGUGAUGAAACAAUGGUGUAACGAAAUUCACCAAUGGUGGCCCCCAUUUAGAGCAGUUAUAUUACAUUCUAUUGGGGCGGGUAUGAAUGAUAAAAGUAACUUGACAGAAGAUGAAAUCGAAAACAUGAUAAUUAAAUCAGAACUUGAAAACACAGACUUUCAUGAUUAUGAAAAUGCCUCAAAAUUGAAAAGUAAGGUAGAAACUGGCAUGCAUAUGCAGAAUCUUAUAUCAAAAGUUGUUGCAGAUGGACAUAUCAUUAUUACAACUUAUGUUGGACUCCGUAUACAUUCUGACAAAUUAUUAAAUGUGAACUGGUCAUAUUGCGUUCUUGAUGAAGGUCACAAAAUCAGAAAUCCGGAUUCUGAAAUAUCUCUGACUUGUAAAAAACUGAAGUGUAAAAACAGAAUUAUUCUUUCUGGUACACCCAUUCAAAACAAUCUUGUUGAAUUAUGGUCAUUAUUUGAUUUUAUCUAUCCAGGAAGGUUAGGUACUUUACCCGUCUUUCAGCAGCAAUUUGUACAACCUAUUAAUAUGGGUGGUUAUGCUAAUGCAACAAAUACACAGGUUCAAACUGGAUACCGUUGUGCUGUUGCUCUAAGAGAUCUUAUAUCACCAUAUCUUUUAAGAAGAGUCAAAGCUGAUGUGGCUAAAGAUUUACCUAAAAAGAAGGAAAUGGUUUUAUUUUGCAAACUGACAGAAUUUCAAAGACGAAAGUACCUAGAAUUUUUAAGUUCUGACGAAUUAAGUCAAAUCAAAGGAGGUAAAAGACAUGUGCUUUAUGGUAUCGAUAUUCUAAGAAAAAUCUGUAAUCACCCAGAUCUCUUGGACCGUGAUUAUAUAAAGAAUACUUCGGGAUAUGGUGACCCUAAGCGGUCAGGCAAAAUGCAGGUUGUCAAACAAUUGCUUAAGUUAUGGAAGAGCGAGGGCCAUAAAACGCUGUUAUUUACGCAAUCUAGGCAAAUGCUAGAUAUCUUGGAAGAGUUCAUAAAGUUCAAAGAACCAGAGCUGUCUGACAUACGAUAUUUAAGAAUGGAUGGUACAACUAGUAUUCAGGUAAGACAAACUCUAGUAGAUAGGUUUAAUAAUGAGUCGUAUGAUGUUUUCCUGCUAACUACUCGGGUAGGUGGUUUGGGUGUUAAUUUAACGGGGGCCAAUAGAAUUAUCAUAUAUGAUCCUGAUUGGAAUCCUUCGACUGAUUUACAGGCAAGAGAAAGAGCCUGGAGAAUAGGACAGAAACGAGAAGUAUCAAUAUAUAGAUUAAUGAUUUCCGGAACCAUAGAAGAAAAAAUUUAUCAUCGGCAAAUUUUUAAACAAUUUCUAAUGAAUAAAGUUUUAUCGGAUCCAAAGCAGAAAAGAUUCUUCAAAACUAAAGAACUUCAAGAUCUAUUUAGCUUGGGAGGUGAACAAGGUUAUUCAACUGAAACGUUAAAUGAGGAGGUUGAAAAACAUACUAAAAAAUUAAAAGACGAAAGUACUAAAGAUAGUGAUGAUUUAGAUCAAGUCACCAACUUGGAUGGUGUAUCUAAGUUAGAAAGUUUUUAUGAUGGUAAAGAAGUCUCAGAAUCCAAUAAAGAAGAUGACGAGAGGCUUAUGGAGGGUCUGCUAGGUGAAAAGAGUCUUGAAAAUAUUGCUACGCAUGAGCAAAUGAUAAAAUCCCAUUCGGUAGGUUCAUCAAAAAUUGUUAAAAGAGAAGCUGAGAGAAUAGCAAAUCAAGCGUUGGAAGCUUUAAGAAUUUCAAGAAAAGAGACCAAGAAGUAUGAUAUUGGUACUCCAACUUGGACAGGAAAGUUUGGUACAGCAGGUAAAGUAAACAAGCCCAAUUUGAAAAAAAAUAUUAAGAAAGGUACCGGAUCUGCCAGUAUUUUAUCAAAUAUCAGGAAAGCGAACACUCAAGUAAAGAAAAGUCCGACCGACUCUGAUACUACAAAUGCAGAUACGAAUACAAACAAAGAGAAACUGCUCUCCAUUAUUAACUUUCUAAAAAAACAGGAGAACUUUGAAGCCUCUUCUCGGGAUAUAUUAAAUAACCUUGGCGUCCACAUUAAUGAUGAGGAAGAUCUAAUCAAAACUAGAGCUCUACUAAAAAGCAUAGGUAACUUUAGCAAUAACAAGAAGGUCUGGGUCUUGAAAAGUGAAUUUCAACCAUAG